GCAACGAUCGGUUGGCUUGUCGGCUUACCGAGAUUUUAACGUCGGUAUCAUCUGAUUCCCGACUCGAGCUGCUCGUUUCUUUUCUAUACACUCGUCAUCCACGAAGGAUACCACAAAGACGUAUUGAAACCAGUGGUAUCCUCGCUGCGCGAGGUCAAUAUUUUCACGAUGGCCUCGACAUCCAGCACCUCGGCCCAAGUAUUAAUGAACAAGGGCAAACGUGGUGCAGCUGGAUAUAUUUAUGACGAAUGUGUAAAUCCAACCCUAAACGCUGGUGGUCCACAGAACCUUAACAAUUUAUUGGAUAUACUCUUGAAUCCCAGUAAGGCUAUUGAUGACUGGGAAACCAUCGACUGGUGUAAGUGGUUGAUGGCUGGUGGUCGUACACCAGAUGAAUUUGCUAACACAGUAAGAACGUAUGAUAAUGCUACAACAUGUGGACUCGUUUGGACACCAAAUUUUGUAGCGUAUCGUUGUCGUACUUGUGGUAUAUCACCUUGUAUGUCUUUGUGCACGGAAUGCUUCAAAAAAGGGAAUCAUUAUCGCCACGACUUCAAUAUGUUUCUUAGUCAAGCUGGAGGAGCAUGCGAUUGUGGUGAUCCGUCUGUUAUGAAAGAAGAAGGAUUCUGUGAUAGACAUGGCCCUAAAGCUUCUGUUAAUACGUCAGCUGCUCCUUCAGAUCUAUUAUGCGUGGCGAAUGCAAUGAUGCCUAGAAUUAUUCUUCGUCUUAUUCAAUAUUUACGUGAAAAGUCUACGAACUCACCGGAUAUUAAGGUUGCUAUCCAAGACGCGGAUGGAUAUUUAACUAUGCUCCUUGAUUUUAAUAAGAUGGGUGCAUUGAUGAGGCAAGUUAUAACAUCGGCGUUAACAAAUCCACAGAAAUAUAAAGGUUUCAUGAAUCCUUCUGUGUCUACUGCACAACCAGAAUAUGACAUCUAUUGUCAAGAUAACAUUAAAAUAUAUCAAGAUACUGUGAAGUUGUUACCAAACCCAGAACCACCCGAUGAGUACAAAGAAUGUGUAUCAUUGCAAGAACACUUAGAACAUAAUACAUUCUUAGAAGAAUUAAUGUUCUGGACAGUUGUUUAUGAAUUCCCGCAGAAAUUAGUUUGUCUUCUGUUGAACAUGUUACCGGAUCCCGAUUACAAAGAAGCACUAACUUGUGCAUUUGUACUACAUUAUAGUAGAAUUUCAAUGAUGCUUGAACGUUCAAUAGAUCCUGAUACUUUGAGCAAUAGAAUAGUUCAUGUUAGCGUACAGCUGUUCAGUAACGAAAGUUUAGCAUUGAGAAUGGUGUAUCAAUUGAAGUUAUUGCAUGUUAUGGUUAUCAGCUUAAAAUAUAUGAUGAGCAAGAUUCUAAUACAGAAUACUUUACACGACCCGGAUAAAAAUUUUCACUACGUAGUAGACUGUGGACGUCAAGUAAUGAAGGAACAUUGUUACUGGCCGUUAGUGUCAGAUUUAAAUAAUGUUCUUUCACACAAGCCUGUUGCUUUUCGAUUUAUGAGAGACGAUACACUUUUGGAAAUGUGGUUCGACUUCCUAUCUAUGUUUCAAGGAAUGAACGUGAAUCAACGAGAAUUAAAUCAACACGUCGAGUUCGAACCUAAUACAUAUUAUGCAGCGUUUAGCGCUGAAUUAGAAGCUAGCGCCUAUCCAAUGUGGGCGUUAGUUUCACACUUACGUGGCCCUGAGAGCGCACCCCUUAGUCGAAGGGUGCUUAGCUAUUGUCUGACGGCUUUACAAGACUGGUUAGAUUCUGUCAAUUACACAGAUCCAAAUGAGAAUGAUAGCUUACAAGUGUCAUUUCAUCUUCCGCUUCAUCGAUAUUUUGCCGUAUUUAUGUGUCAAGCGGUGCGCCAACAAGGAGCUACACUUAAUGAUUUACUACCUCCUACGGAUAUGCUGCACCUUCUAAUGAUGCAUCCCUUGCGAGUUCAGGUUGCUUUCUAUGAAAUCUUGAAUGGACUGUGGGUUCGUAAUGGGCUUCAAAUAAAAGGACAAGCUAUGACUUAUAUACAGUGCAAUUUUUGCAAUUCAAUGGUGGACGCAGAUCUUUAUCUUCUGCAAGUGUGCGCGACCAAACUGCAACCAGAUGUCUUUCUAAAAACAGUCAUUGAAAAGUUUCAUGUGAAGGAAUGGAUGAGUCUUCGUUUAUACCAUACACAUCAGAAUGAAUAUCUGGAAGGAGAGCAUGACACUUCUAUGCUAGAGAGCUGCUUAACAUUUUUAGCCACUCUGGUGAAUGUUCGAACAAAUCUAGGUUUAUCUGAUCCUGAAAUGUCAUGUUUGGAAAUGGUUACUUUAUUGUGUAUGGGAGAUAAAACUCACAGCCAAUUAAUGGAAUUAAUGCCAGAACGCUGUGGCACUACCCAGAACAGAGACUUUGAAUCUGUCUUGGCUGAUAUAGCUCAAUACAGAGCUCCCAAUCUAGAAGCCAGUGGAAACAUGCAACAAGGAAUGUAUGGCCCAAAACCACGUGUAUGGGAUGAACUGUUCGAUCCUCUACAUGUUUUGUUAAGAGCAGUUCACAGGAAAGAUUUUCAGAUAUCGAUGGAUCGGUUCACCGAAUAUGUAAAGCAGUCAGGAAAGCUGAAAAAUACUACUACACCGUGGCCACCAUUUCGACAUCCUGCUCCCGUUUCACCGGAUUACGAUGAUCCACGGAUUGUGUUACGCACCAGAGUUUUCCACGCUAUGAUUCUAAUAAUACUUUAUAAGGCAGUACAUGGUUAUAACAUAUCAGAACAUGUAAUGGCACUGACUAUUUAUCUAUUAGAAAUGGCUGUAAUUACUGCAGACAUACCGGACAAAUCUGCAAAUCAUUUGUGCCAGUAUGAUAGUGGAACAUCCCGUGUGAUAAAGGAUAUGCAUUUGGCUAGUUUCUAUAAGAGUGAUAAUUUGUCCGAAAAUUUAAGGACAGUAAUAAAUCGAGUUAUCAAAGUGCAAGAAUCAGAGUCCGAAAGUUCAGACAGUGAUUUGGAGUGGGAGAUUCAAGAUGAAAUGACUGAGGUUGCUACACCACUUAUGUUAAAUGACGCAACAGAUGAAGGCUCCUUGGAAGUUCUAAGUCUACCAUCCUUACCUCCAUUACCAGCUUUACCAGCAAUGGAUGCCGAAUUUCAUAUGACUAUUGUACCUGAAGAUGGAAUUGUUGCUAUAUCAGAUGGUAACAAUGAAGACGAUAUGAUACCUCUACAGAGAGCCUUGCCACCAUCCACCGAAGAAUCCAUGGCCCUUGCGCUUGAAUCACCUCCUUCACCAGACAAUAUGGUGGGCGGUCAACCAGCAUUACCACCAGCGCCUCAACGGCCCGCUCUUAUGGCUGGCAAUGAAAUAGUUGCUGCUCAAUCUCUUUACCCAAGAUUGAGCACUUCCGGCGUGACCGUAGAAAUUGUUCCAUCUACAUCGAACUCUCAUAAGCAUUUCAAGAGGAGAGACCAUAUGGGAGGACAUACGGAACCAAAAGCAGUAAAAGUAGACGAAAGCAUAAUCUCCUUGUUGUUGAAGUUGCAUUCACAAUUAUCAGGUGCGCCGGACACUUACAAUCCUGAACAGAGUGCAAUGUCGGAUAACGAAGCUAGUAGUAGCUCGGCAGCGGAACCAAAAGAGUCGAGAAUUGGCGACGGGCCGUUCUUCAUCUCCCAGCUGCUUAAUAAAAUCGCAAAUCUCGAUCCUACGUGCAAAGAGGCUAUCGUUGAAACCAGGAACAAGUUAUGGCCGCGAAAACUCAUGGCUGAAUUUGCGAACAAACAAAAGCAGUUUAUGGAGAAGGCAAUGAAAACAGAUGAGAAGGAUGGAUUCCAUAUGGAUUGGGCUAGGGACGACAAUGCAACCAAAUUGACCAACAAAAAGGAAUACGAUUGCGUUAUUUGCAAUCAAACUACUCCUACGGUUGAAGAUGCACCAAUGGGUCUCGUUGUAUUAGUUCAAGCAACAAGCGUUAUUGGUCAUGAGCGACAGCAAUCAGAAAGACCAGUCUUACCCACUUCUGACGAUGAUCCGCCAAUAAAAAAGAGCGACACACGUGGUGCCUACUUUAAACGUAGAAUGGAUGAAAUGAAUUACCAUUUUGACACUGUUUCGUGGCUGUUAUCUGUUAAUUUGAGCUGGGAAGGUGGAGUUCAUGUCCAGACGUGUGGCCACCACUUGCAUCUAGAUUGCUUGAAGUCAUAUUUACAGUCUCUUCGUAACCAACAGAGGCAGCAGAGUCUUUCUGUAGACAACGGGGAAUAUCUGUGUCCGCUUUGUAGGCAGUUAGCUAAUUCUGUUCUUCCACUUUCUCCCCAACUGGGCGAAUGUACAGCAAUGGUACAGUCACAUCACGCGUCUACUGCUACGAUACUGUUAGAGUUAAAUAAUUUCUUGAAAGAGGUACAACGAAAUCCUAUCUCGACAAAUUUGGCUGGAGCAAUGGGAAAAGCCAUGGAGGAUAUGACGAAUUGCACAUAUUUAACAUACAAGCAAAAGAACUAUUUUCCUAGUCACCAAAGUUUGUUCCUUUUCGUAACUUCUGUAGCCCGAACGAAUUUCGAAGUUGAACUCAUUCAACGCGGUGGAUCGCUAUGUGCUUCAUCGCCGAGUACGUUACCUCAGACGCCAAAACGCGACUGCAUCGUUGCACUUCUUCAUGUUCUGGCGAUGCACGCGAGAGUAUUGACUGCGUGGCCUGUGCAUCACACCUGGCAGCAAUUAUCAGGUAUACCCGCGGAUCCAGCAGCUCCAAUGGGUUUAAUACCGCACGAAAGGGAAAUACCAUUACUUCUCAGAGACCCGACUGCUCUGCUCAUACAAUUUAUAUUGUUGCUUCCCCUACAUUUGGAUCAAACAUAUUUCUCUGCUGUGGUAAAAGUAAUGUACAACUUAUUGUAUUAUCAAGUAAUAUUACAAAUAAGCUGCGGUCUCACGCGAGCAGAGAGAAACACGAUUUUAAGGAGAGAUCAAUACAUCAACCAUACUCCCAUGUCCUCAGAGACGAUACUCUAUAGAAUCAUUGAAUACUUCAACGAUACUCCGCUUUACCGUUCGGACGAUGCUGUGUAUAAGCCAUCAACCUCGUCGUCUACGCCGUACGCGAGGGUGAAGAUAUAUAAUCUCGAGCAGCAGAUACAAUCGCUAUGCUUACCAUUUUUGCGGGUGGCUGCGUUGCUUCGCUACCAUUUAUACGAACAACCUUUACCCCUAGUUAGUACAGAAAUGACUGAGUUUGUGAGAUUAGUUUAUUACUUGGAAUUAGUUUCGGAAGGGAUGGAUUGGAAUAUAUUUAAUUCGACGGUAGCUUUAAACUGGCAAGACGGCGAGGCUAGUGUUUCGGUGCCACGUUCAUGGUGUGGUCAGUUCCUCGCGUUCGUGAAUAAAAGUGACGCAGCGCGAAAUCUGAUAAUGGAGCAACACAUAUCGUGGCACGUACCCAAGUUACUCAGUCUUCCACGGGAAUACGAAAAGAUAUUUUCGUAUUACCAUGAACAACAAUGUCGGCGGUGUCAUUUAGUUCCACAAGAGAUUAGCAUCUGUUUGUUGUGCGGUACUAUUGUUUGUUUGAAACAAAAUUGCUGCAAACGGAUGAAUGUCUGUGAGGCUAUUCAACAUUCAAUCGAUUGCGGAGGUGGAACUGGAAUAUAUCUGGUGGUCACGUCGACUUAUAUUAUUGUGAUUCGAGGUCGGCGAGCCUGUUUGUGGGGAUCUUUGUAUCUCGACGACUUUGAAGAAGAAGAUAGAGAUCUGAAACGCGGGAAACCACUGUACCUAAGUCAAGAAAGAUACCAGUUAUUGGAACAGCAAUGGCUUGCGCAUAGGUUCGAUCACACGAAGAAAGCAUGGGUAUGGCAUCGCGAUGCACUGUGACCCUUCCAUGGCGUCGAAAGCUGGUUAUUUUUUUAAACACGUUGAAAAGACUUUCAACAGGUUUAUUCCCACACAAUGCCUCGCCAAGAAAUAACAGCGCUUUAAGAAUUAACAGAUCGCUCUAAUAUUGUACGGAUGUUAUAUUUAUUAUGAUGCAAGUAAGUAGACAUAAUAAUUGAAUGAAAGUAUUAUAAAAAGACGAGGUGAGAGCUAAACUAAAAGAAGAAUUAUUUAUAGU